AUGGCUUUCAGCUUUGGAAAUGCCAGCCAGACGGCCUCUGGGUCGGGGCAGGCCCAAACUGGGCCUGAUCUCUUAGAUAUUCAGACAGAGGCAUUGGGCUUCUUAGCUAUUGCAGGGGAAGCCAAAUUACAGCUGCUUCCGUCGCCAUGGCCGAGCACGAACCUGCCUCCACCUACCUCAUCCCUCAUGAGUAUCGCUCCGAAAAAAGGGCUUGUUGCCGCUGCAGGACCAGAUUGUGUUAUAUUAGCGACGACAGAGUCAAUACGAAAAGCAUACGAAGGACCACUGAUAGGCGAAAGUCACACUCGCCCAUUUCAGGCGCAGUUAACACUUCCGAUGCCUAUGAGGCUCUCUCAGGUGACGUUUACAGCUGACGAAACGUACCUGGUGUUGUCUGCUGAGGUUGGAGGAGGCUUGGCUGUCUACGAGGUCCAAAAUCUUAUGAACGGUUCCCAGACGUCCUCUUUUGAAAUGUCUACAAACUCGGCCCCCCUUCGAGCGGCAGUUCCAAACCCAACACCCGAAAAGGGUGAACUCCUAGCCAUCGUUACCAUGGACGGUAAACUCAUGGUAGCAAAUUUGAAAGAAAGGAAUUUUAUAUCCGGCGCUACUGGCCAGAUCCUUAAGGAAGGUGUAAGCUGCAUCUCCUGGAGCGCCAAAGGCAAGCAGCUGGUCGCCGGCCUUAUUGAUGGCUCGGCUUUUCAAAUGACUCCCGAUGGUGUGGCUAAAGCCCAAAUUCCUAGGCCGCCAGGUGUUGACCCCGGCUACCACGUCUCUUCUAUCACAUGGCUAGAAAAUGACGUCUUCAUGAUGGUCCAUAAUCAGUCGAAUAUCGACGCCAACAAUGCGUCCACUUCUGUAUUCCAUCUUGUAACUCGGCUACCAAAGUCAACGGAGCACAUUUUUCAGAAAUUGGCCGAUCCAGCCCCAAACUUUGGUUUGAACCGGAGCCCGCCUUAUCAUUUCUUACUACGCCUUAGAGACUUCCCUCCGAACCUUCGAGAUCUUAUUAUUGUGUCGUCCACCGCGUCUACGGAUAUUGGGCUUUUCACAAGAUCUGCGGUUCCUUUAGUUUCAGACAAGCCCGCUGAUAAGGUAACUGAUGUCUUCACUAUGACUGAGAUGUCGGAUGAUUCUCGGCGAGCACAGUUGCCUGUAAACGAGGCAAUGGAAGACACAUCGCCCAUAGGAGCGAUUCUAGAUCUAUCUUCUAGAGAGAGUGUUCCCAGACCCAUUCCAAGUGAUGAAAUGGACGAGUCUCGAACGCCUUUGCCCGCUUUGCUCGUAUUGAAUAACGAAGGGGUUUUGGCUUCGUGGUGGGUCGUAUAUUCGGAAUCUGUUCGCCAAGGAACUUCAUAUCCUGGUUUGGUUGCAGCGGCCGCGUCCCAACCCGGUGGUGCCAUGCAGCCUCUUCCAUCCAGCCAAAAUGCACCCUCCGUACCAGGUUUUAACCAGACAUUUGGCUCCCCAUCAAAUGUAGGGAGUGCAUUUGGCGCCACAAACAAACCCGCAUCAUCCUUUGGUAGUGGAACCGCAUUCGGGGGUCAGUCUAAUAAACCGUCGGGUUGGCCUAGCACGUCUUCCGGCCCGGUAGCUACAACUGGAGCUGCCUUCGGAGCACCUUCCUUUGGCACGCCAGCCACGCCAGCUUUUGGUGGCCCAAAAUUUGGCACCCCUACCUUUGGGAACGCGGUAUCACCGGCUGCGGGAGGUGUUGCUUUUGGUAAUUCUGCACUUCCAGGCAGCCGACCUUCUCCGUGGAGCGCGGCAGGAUCAGGAGCGCCAGCAACCACGUUUGGUCAACCCUCAGGUCUCGGAGUGGCAGGAACAACAGGCUUGGGUAAUGCAAAGCCAUCUGGCUCUGUGUUUGGGUCAGGCGGCGGUUCAGUUGCUCCUGCUACUGGUGGUUUUGCUUCGUUCGCUAGCAAUGGCGGGUUCGCAGCUGUGGGCACAUCACAGAAAGACCAGGGAAAUAUAUUUGCAACUAAAUCGGAAUCUACAAGCUUCUCAUUGUCGCCGAAGACAGUUGAUAACACAUCCAGCUUUGGCUUCAAUGGUGGAACUCCAGCUGCCCCACUUGCAGGCACCUUUGGUUCCCAGGGUUUCACUUUAGGGUCGGCCUUCAAACCCGAUAGCUCUCGCAAAGACGAUAGCCAAGGGACUGAGAAAGCUGGAAGUGCUCCAUUCUUUGGCGGCGGAUUCGGAAAGGCUCUGGGAGAGCCCCAGGUAUCACCUAUCGUUUCUAGUCCUGAAGCAACUAUGGAUGAUACCACUGAUCUGGGGCAGGAGCCAACUGUUGUUCCAAAAGACACUGUUACGGAACCAAUUAUUAAAACAGAGGAAGGCCUCCUGGGGACUGGAUCCGCCAUAACCACCCCUAAAGUUCAGUUCCCGACACCACAACCAAAAGCUAUUGGCCUUGGGGGGCCAGCGGCUAAACCGAUCAACACUGCGGCGCCAAAUGUGCAGAUCCCAAGCUCGACUAACUUUAGCUUCGGGCUUCCAGUCGGAACUACAGAAUCGAAAGACACUGCCAGCCAUACCAGGGAAUCUGCAUCCGUUUCUGCAUAUAUUGCAGACGCGAAGCCAAAAUUACAAUCGAGUGACGAUGUUAGCCAAAAUCUACCCGACCUGACCAAGGCAGAACGCCCUUCUGUUGUUGCUCCCCAAGUGAGCCAACGGGUUAGCGACGCCCAUGUUCCGGGCAAAGGUCAACUUGAUGCACCUCUGCCACCUGAUUUCAUCAACCUGCCAAAGCCGUCUGCUACCCAGACACUCAAUCUAGACAAGCCACAACAAAGCAAAAACCUAUCGUUCCAAGCAGAUUUUGCCCCCCUGCUCCAUGUGCCGUUUAGCCCAGGAGAGGGCCCAGGUUCUGAUUAUUCUGAUGUCGGGGAUCAAAGUUAUAGUGACGACGAAGAAAAGAGUGGCCAAGAAAGUGCGAACGAAAUUGCCAAUGCCGACGGGAAUACACCAGGUCUAACCCCCGAAAGUUCUUUUAACAAGCCCAAUUAUGCAAAUCGUGGAAACGCAGCAUUUUCCACUGGCCCUCUGAGUGGCCACCAACCACCCUCUAGAUCACUUUUUAGAGAAAUUGGAAACCGCAAUACUCCUGUUUUGGCGCCGCCUAAACCAGGAAGUCCACGAUCGCCAAGCCCUAUUCGCUCGUCUGUCCCAACCAGGCUUCUUGGUAGGCCGGACGCGUCUCGAUCAGUUAGUGCCCCUAUUGCAGCAUCAAAGCUUUUGGGUGCCCGAGCGGCGCCCAUCUCUAGCAAUGCUUUUGGGAAGGCCGGUGAAUACGGAGAAGAAGAAGCGAGACGACGCACGGAAGCGUCCAAGAAGAAAGAAGCUGAAGAAUCCCAAGCCUUGGUGGACAUCGAAGAUGACAGGAUGCAGGACUUUCUCAGCAGAGACGUAGAGGGCACAACAAGGCUUGAUGAGUUUGUCGCACAUCAGGACUAUGUUGGCGGCGCAGACAAAGAUAGCAUACCGUUCCAAGUUGAAGCUGUCUACCGUGAUAUUAAUUCCAUGAUAGACACACUGGGUAUAAACUCACACACAGUGAGAAGCUUCACCAAGGGGCAUACUGAGCACUACAAAGACGCCGGUCGAGAAAGAGCCGACUUGGAAGGAGAUGAGACAUGGUGCCUCGGAGAAAUCGAAAAUCUAUCUAGCAUCAUCGAGAAAGACUUGUCGAGGGAGCUUCAACAAGGCUGUAUUAAGGAUGUUGACAGCAAGCUUCAACUUUGUUCCAAUUUCGUCAAGGAAUUAGUUAAGUUACGAACUCGCACCGAGGACGCCCUGAUAGUUAUCACUUCCAGUCGCGAUCAAGAUCACAUCAACAUCAACAGGUCUCAGCCAUUAACAGCUGAGCAAAUCGCACAACAACACGACCUUCGGAAAGAUUUGGCACAUUUCCAGAAGCUCCUUGGUGACGCCGAGGAGCAACUUAUUAUGCUUAGAGCUAAUAUAUCAUCAUUUAUCGGCUCUGGUGGGAAAUCGGGCCCGGGUCCAACUACCGAGGCCGUUAUGAGGACGAUUGUGAAGAUGACAGCGAUGGCAGAGAAACGCAGUGGUGAUGUGGAUGUCAUAGAAAACCAAAUGCGCAGGCUGCGGUUCAGCUCGGUUACCAGCAAUGACCGUAACAGCCCCGAAGGCUCUCCAUUCGCGAGCCCAACAAAGUCUGCAAUGCGCCAUAGUACGACUUUCGCCAAAUCUGGACGUCCAUACACGCCAGACGGCACUAAAAAGGGGUCCCGCGCCCUACAUAUGUCAUUAUCAUCGUCUACACGGUCGCAAAAUCAGCCGACACCGCCACGAAAGAAACUUGAGGGGUUCACAGAAGAAGAUAAAUCAACUAUCAAAUGCUCCUUCUCAAGAAAAAGGGAGGUUACCGAUAAGUUCAAGGUGGCGUUGGAAAGGUCCAAAACCAAAGUCCGUCCGAUAGAAGAUGAAUGA